GUCUGGCAGUUCCUCUUCUUUCUCUUCCUUUUGUUUCUUGUGUAAAUACUCUCGUUAAUUGAUUUUAUCUUCUCUGGAGAAGUAUCAUCAUGACUGUCCUGGGCGAGCAAUUGACCGAAGUCACCUUCACUCGCGUCUUGCUCUUCGGCUCUCUCUUCUUGCUCGUAUCGUUCAUUGUCGAUUUGCUCACUCAACCGCGUUAUCCUUCUGAAAUUCCAGUUCUUGGUCACAGCUCAGAGAAAUGGUUCUCCAGAAUCAGGAACAGUCUCGCCUACUUCACUCAACACCAAGCCUGGAUUGGCGAAGGCUACGAAAAGUACGGCAAAAAUGACCUUCCGUUUAUUGCUCCGGCGCCCAUAUCGCGUCCUCCAGACGUCAUCCUUCCCCGUUCACAAAUCGCCUGGAUGAUGGAGCAACCCGAUCGAAUCCUCUCAGCAUCCCACGCCCACGACAAGAUCCUCUACACAGAGUAUAACUUCCUCGGAAAAGAUCUCGCCGCGGAGCCCUUUGCGAAUCGCGUCAUGCACAAGUACCUCGCCCGCAACUUGUCAUCAGCGAUACCAGCAGUCGAAGACGAAGUCAACGGUGCUGUUGAGCAUGCACUAGAGACCAUGAUGAGAGCAGCUGCUGAGAAGGACCCCAAAAAUGUCGAUGGUGAAGGCUAUACGAAGGUCAAUCUCUGGGAUCUUUGGCUUGCGAUUGUCCCGCGCGUCACAAACCGUCUUCUCGUUGGCAACCCAGCAUGUCGAAACCCUGACAUCUUGAAGUCGAUGGUGAGCUUCACUGACAACGUUGUAAUGAACAGCUUCUUGCUACAUGGAUUCCCUCAAGUUCUCCAUCCGAUCAUUGGCCGUUUGAUCACCAUACCAAACUAUCUCCAUUGGCGCAAGGCAUCUCGUGUCUUACUGCCUAUCAUUGAACAGCGCUUGAAACAUAUGCAGCGUCAGGAGGCUGGCGACCCUGAGAUGAAGAACUACACGCCUCCAGAGGACUUCAUCACUUGGGAUAUUCGUCUUGCGAUGGCAGAGAAGAAGCCUUUUGAGCUUGAUCCCGUUGUCAUCUCUAAGCGGCUCUUACCAAUCAACUUUGCUGCUAUCCACACAACCGUCCUGACAGGUCAAUCUUGGAUGUUGGACUUCCUUUCUUCCCCACCAUCUGUUCUCGAUGCACUGCGCAACGAGAUCCUCGAACAUAAGCCCUCCGAGGGCCACUGGACGAAACAGGCCCUGUCUUCUCUCGUACGCGUCGACUCGUCCAUUCGCGAAUCCCAGCGUGUAAGUAACUUUGCCGCCAACCUCAUCGAGCGGCAAGUUAUUGCACCAGAAGGUCUGCAUCACCCUGACUACGGAUGGACUUUGCCGCGCGGGGCAUUCGUGACGGUCAACUUGCAAGGAACGCACCACGACGACGAGAUUUAUGAGGACGCCAUGAGCUAUGAUCCCUGGCGAUACUCACGAGUCCGAGAAGAGUGGGAAGCAAAGUCGGCCGAGGAGAAGCAGGAAAAGGAGGAGGAGGCCAAGAAGAUAAGAGGAUUGGGAAUGGUGACGACUAGUGAUGCCCACUUGGCUUUUGGACACGGUCGACAUGCCUGUCCUGGCAGAUUCUUCGUUGCUCAUGAGCUCAAGCUCAUCAUGGCUGCAUUCCUUCUCAACUACGACCUCAAAACACUCGAGAAACGACCAAAGCCCCAGUGGAUGGGCGCCACGAUCAUUCCUCCCCUGGACGCAUGCAUUGAAAUUCGAAGAAAGAAAUCAACAUGAUCAAGUCAGCUAUUGCACAAUCUAGCUGUACCCUCCGUGGGCCUCUCCGUCAUUAAGAGUCACGCCGUUACGCUUGUCCCCCAUCAACCUUGUCAACGCCGUCACCAACUUAUCAACAGCCACUUCAGACGUCUGAUGAUGAAAGACGAGCCUGGCCAUGGGGAAGACCGAAACACCCUCCUUUGCGCAAUACUCAACGAAUGCCGCGGGUGGAAUCUCAGCGGCUUCCAGAUCCAGCAGAAUCAUGUUGGUCUGAACAGGAAGUGUGAACUUGUAUCCCACUGCUUCGAGUCUCGCAGAAGCAUCCUUCGUCAUGGCGUGCACAGACGGAAACCUUGGGAUGCUGUACUCAAGCGCUGAUAGAGCUGCAGCGGCCAUCAUGCCCGGUUGUCGAGUUCCUCCUCCCAACAUUUUCCUGAACCACUUUGCCCGUUCAAUAAAGGGCUUCUUGCCGAGGAUGACGCUGCCCAUUGGAGCACCGAUGCCUUUGGCUAGACAGAUGGAUAUACUGUCAAAGCAGGCUGCGUAGGCCUUCAGAUCAACACCUUCUCCGAUCACGCCGUCAAAGACACGGGCUCCAUCGAGAUGCGUGGCAAUAGGCUUCUGGCCUUCCGGUACAGGGAAUGAACGGACAUAGUUUGAGAUGGCUUGGGCAUCAGCAAGGGGUAGGAUAGUGCCUGAGAGGGUAUUCUCAAGAGACACGACCCUCGUAGGUGGGAAGUGAACUAUCAAGUUAGUUGCGUAUCAUAUAUCGGGACAAAUCAACAUACUGUUCCCGUCCGCGAUGAUAUUCUUCUUAACAUCCUCCAAGGUCAGAUGCACCCCAUUCUCUGCAUGGACCGUCGAGACACUCGCCUGCGAAAUCACCGGCAGAGCACCACUCUCCCAGCAAUGCACAUGUGCCCUAUGAUCCAACAGUACACUAUGCGGCGGUUGGGUAAGAUGCGUUCUCAAACAAAUUUGGUUCCCCUGAGUACCAGAAACAGCCCAUAGAGCAGCCUCCAUGCCCGUCAGCUCGACAAGUCGAGCCUCGAGAGCCUUGACAGAGGGGUCGCCUUCAGGAUCGUAGAUAUCGUCGUUUACCGAGGCAUCGAGAAUAGAUGUCAUCAUCUCCUCAACGGGGACGGUAACGACAUCUGAGCGGAAGUCGCGAGAGGCUUUCUCCCGGCUGGCAAGCAACUUGGCUUGGACUUUUGGGGUGAAUGGGGAUUCGGGGGUGGUUAAGGAAGGCAUUUUGAGCUUGUGACGCUGUGUUUGGUGGUGAGGUAGGAGAAUAUUUUGAUGGACUAUCAGGGUCUUUUUAUAUCUAUCUAGUUUAUGCAUCUUCA